AUGCGUGGUAUUCUCAGCCCUGAUGCUAUGGAAAGGCCUCAUGCUAUACACGGGCUCAGAAAGUCCCAUUGUUGUGGUAUUGAGGAUCCUUUCGAACCUGGUAAACUCUUCUUGAAUUGCUUCGCUGUCUUCACACAUGUCUCUGCAGGUGACGUGUCUGUUUUCUCUAUUGAUGGUCGCGAUAUCCCCAUCGUUCAUCGAAUUGUCAAUGCAGAGAUUGAUCACGACGAUAAGGCUCCUCUUAUCGAGGCUGCUGUUUCCUCCCCUUUGCACUAG